UUUGUAACGACGAAUGAUGUUGCCUCCCAACUGCUGCGCCACUAGCUACUCCGUCCGAGCUGCUAGUCAGCCAUCGCCCCAAACCAAUGGCCUCGUCUCCCUUCUUCUUCCUGCUCCUCCUCGUCGUCGCCGUGGCCUCGCUCCUCUGCCCGCCCGCCGCCGCCGCGCCCGAGGAGCACCUCGUCACCGGCCUCCCCGGCUUCCAUGGCGCCAACUUCCCCUCCAAGCACUACGCCGGGUACGUGACGGUGGACGAGGCCAGCGAGCGGAGCCUCUUCUACUACCUGGCGCUCUCCGAGCGCGACCCGGCCGCCGACCCCGUCGUGCUCUGGCUCAACGGCGGGCCGGGAUGCUCCAGCUUCGACGGCUUCGUCUACGGGAACGGGCCCUUCAACUUCGAGCCCGGGACCAAGCCCGGUGGCCUGCCCAAGCUGAGACUCAACCCCUACAGCUGGUCAAAGGUCUCAAACAUCAUGUACCUCGACUCUCCAGCUGGUGUGGGGAUGUCCUACUCCUUGAACAAGUCGGAUUACACGACAGGUGACCUCAAAACCGCAGCCGAUGCGCACAAGUUCCUUUUGAAGUGGUUCGAGUUAUACCCUGAGUUUCAGUCGAACCCGUUCUACAUUUCCGGGGAGUCAUACGCAGGGGUUUAUAUCCCCACAAUCACCGAUGAAGUUGUUAAAGGUAUCCAGAAAGGUGUGAAGCCAAGAAUUAAUUUCAAGGUUAUACAUUUAAUUGCCAUUUCCAUUGUACUACGGUGCACGGUAAAUCCUUUAUGUGUGACUUACAGUCAGGAGCUUACAAAAUUUGUUCAGGGCUAUCUCAUUGGCAAUCCAGGAACUGAUGUAGACUAUGAUUUCAAUUCCUUUGUGCCAUUUGCGCAUGGAAUGGGCCUCAUCUCAAAUGACAUGUAUGAGGAUGUCAAAGCCACUUGCCACGGUACAUUCUGGGGCAACGUCGAUAGUAAGUGCCAAGAGAAGAUUGAUAGUGUGCACUGGGAACUGAAAGAUCUGAACAAGUACAACAUCCUUGAACCUUGCUACCAUCGUCCUGACAUCCAAGAGGUAGAGUUCGCCAACAGCAGCUUGCCGUUGAGCUUUAGAAGGCUGGGAGAGACCGACAGGCCAUUACCGGUUAGGAAGCGUAUGGCUGGGCGUUCAUGGCCACUCCGUCUUGCUCUGAAGGAUGGGCACGUUCCGAUGUGGCCAGGCCUUGGUGGUAGAUCACUUCCCUGCACGAAUGAUGAAAUUGCUACUACGUGGCUUGAUGACGAAGGCGUCCGAGCUGCAAUUCAUGCCAAAUCGAAAAGCCUAAUUGGAUCAUGGGAACUGUAUACCGCAAGAAUAGACUUCACUCACGAUACUGGAACAAUGGUGCUCUAUCACAAGAAAUUCACAGCCUUGGGAUAUCGCGUUCUAAUUUACAGCGGAGACCAUGACCUGUGUAUUCCUUAUCCUGGAACUGAAGCAUGGGUAAAAUCAAUAGGCUAUCAAACUGUUGAUAGAUGGCGGCCAUGGUACUUUGGAGGCCAAGUUGCCGGAUAUACGCAAGGAUAUGAUCACAAUCUCACCUUCCUCACUAUAAAGGGAGCCGGGCAUGCUGUCCCCGAGUACAAGCCCAAGGAGGCGUUCGCGUUCUACAGUCGCUGGCUGGCAGGAGAGAAGUUCUAAGAAAACCAGGAUCAUUGCAGAUUUUACUAGCCAUCAAUUUUAUUUUGUAUAAUAGCGGUGUCCGAUGCGUGCCUUGUUGAUUUUGCUCAUCGAAAAUUGUUGCUUAUUUGGUGAAACGGCGCAGAGCAAUUGCUGGCAGAUCCAAUAAGAAAGUAGGGCUUCUGUAGCAUCAGCCCUGCCGUGGCAUCAAUUCUCCCCAUUGUAAUUCCCUUCAUGCACAGCUGAAUAAAUUAUUUUGGGGAAAUCUCCACCUGUUAAUGUGGUGGUGGACGCUUAAGGGUAUGAUUCCAUUGAUCAUGAUUUAA